AUGGUUCUUCUUCGUAAUCUCUGCCUUACGGCCCUCCUCGUCGCCUUUGCCACCGCUACCAUCGACUGUUCGCUCGAGGAUACGUGCUUUGGUGAGCCGUACGACUGUGAUCCCAACACCGAGUGCACAUCUCUCUUCCACUUCGACACCUACGGAAACUUGCAUCUCUUCUUGCGAAACUUCACCGAUCCGAAAGGAUACGCCGCGUUCGCAGUGGCUCGUCACCCAGAUGAGACCAUCGAGUACUUCAUUUGUCUUCCUCGCCAAAAACAACUGCUUCGUGCGAUCGCUGAGCUUGGAGAGUUGGUUCUGGUUACUGAAAAUAACCUCUCUGGCGUCGUCGAUUCUCUUGAGCCCAGCUACUUCCGAUGCCUUUUCAACGCUAUCGAGCUUCCGAUAGCAUUCGAACGCGAGCAAUUCUUCUUUGUGUCCAAGGGAACGUACGACGAAGUGCUCAUCAUUCUCGACGGUGUCCAAUUGUACAAUUUGGAUCGCUACAAUGAAUCUGACGAGGACAUCGACGAGGAAGAGACUCAUCCAGUCGUUCAUCACAUUGGUUCCCCAGCUGUGUCACACCGUGUCGUGGAAGAUUCUCGUUCUCCACGUCAUCCCCGUUCCAGAAGUUUCCGGCACCGCGAGGAGGAAAACUUCGAGGAAGAAGAAGAUCGCUCAGAGGAAGACGAUUUGUCGGAGGAAAGUAUCGAAGAAGAGCACCGCCCUAGUCACUCAAAGAGCAAGCGCGCGACUUACGACCCCGAAGAGAUCUACGAGAAGGAAGAUUAUGAGGUUCCAAAGAGAAAACACAACAAGAGAAGUCCUCGUCACAACCAAGAUGAGUACGAGCUGAAGGUUGUUGAGGAAGAGGACAUGGAAACCGACGACGAUUUGUAUGAUAACGCCAAGAACACCGACAACAGUUAUUUCCUCAGUUUCUGCAAAGUCAUGGUGAUCGGAUUGAUGUAUGGCGUUUUCUACGAACAAUAA